CGUUACCAUAGUAACAUCAACUCAGCGCUGGCUGCGGCCUUCUCCUUUUCUUCGGUGUCUACAGAGACUGAAGAGAAGGAAGCUGCAGCUUUCACCUGUUACACCUGAGAUGUUCUUUCUCGUGACGUGAGCCAGGAGUGAGGAUGUUUUUAUCCCGGGUUCAGAGUCUCAGACUGGCAGCCGAACUGGAGGACUGUUCACAGCAGCUGGAUAUACUGGGGCAUACCCUGACAGUGCAGAUAAACGGGGACAGAGGCACCGCAGCUGCACAGGAGAAAGCCAGGCUCAGGAAGUUGACAAGGGAUUGUCAGUACGUCUCACAGCUGAUGGCCAAGCUACAUUUGGAGCUGGAGGAGAAACAGAGUUUCAGCUCUCUGCUGCGGGUUGUGGAGGAAAUCGAGCAGAAGAAGACGGAUGGGAACGUGAAAAGAGCAACACAAAGUGAACUGAAGAAGAGAAAACAGACUAUACUGAAACAACAAGAGGAGCUCCAACAAAAGACUCAGAAACUAAAGGGCAGAUCUCUGGAAGCACAGAUGAAAGAGAAUUUAUUAAAGAUGAGAAGCAAGGAGAACACUAAAGAGAACGAUACUGGGCUGCAGCUCAAGAAGAUCCAGAUUGAGACCAGUCAGGCUGAGACGCUGCUGGAGCAGCAGUUGAAGCUGCUGCAGAAACAGUUGAUGGAGAGGACGAGAGUUCACGAGGAGUCAGAGAAAUUCCUGCGAAACCAGCAUGAGGAGCUGCAGCAGCUGGUGCGUGAGUUGAAGCAGUGGUCUGGGGAGAUGGAGCAGGAGCAGAGAAACCAUCUCAUCAAUGUGCGCUUCAAAAGGACUAAGAACUUAGAAAAGCUGGAUGAGAUGAAGAGCAAGUUCUUGGAGAUGGAGAAGGUGGUGAUGGAAGACAGGGAGGAGCAGGAGAAACUGUGCCAAGAGGAGGCACGGGCCAGAGCUGCUACCAAGCUGCAGGCCUGGUGGAGAGGCUGCAUGGUCCGCCGAGGACUCGGCAGUUUUAAAAAAGCAGAGAAAGGCAAGAAAGGAACGAAGAAGGAAGGAAAGAAGAAAAAGAAGAAAUGACUUUUCACUACUGCUGCCCAAUGAUGAUCUGAUUAUCAAUAAACACUA